AUGGUCGGCAAGAAAUCCGGCCGCUCCCUCAUGAGGGACGAAGGUACGCCUGUCAACGCCCGAGCUGCCCUCCGCCGCUCCGCUCGCCGCGAGCACCAUUGCUUCUGUAUGCUGACUUCUGCCAUGUGGCCUUCAGGCCUGGAGAGGACGGAUAACAAUCUGGACCUCACCACCUGGCCCCAGGUCAGCAUGAUCAAUCAGAAAAACUACUACACUGAAUACUUGAAGCGGGAUGACCAAUUCCUCGCCUACCGGACCCAGCAAGAGGAGGCCACCAGUCGUAUGGUCCAACAAGCACGCGACAAAGACAGGGCUUUAGCACAAGGCGUAGACGUCAACGCAGAAGAAGAAGAGAACGGGGCCACAUCAGCGAGCCAAGAAGCAUUUGGGUCAAAAAUUGUCGUGAUCCAUCCCGGAAGCCAGAACCUGAGGAUAGGCCUUGCAAGCGAUGCUUUGCCGAAAACGGUUCCCAUGGUCCUGGCCCGAAAGUGGCCCGAGAAUGAGGCGGAAGAAGAUGGUGGAGAACCCCUACCAAAACGCCUCAAAGUCGAUGACGAGAUUCCAGAGGAUCCAGACAAGUGGUUCGGCGAAGAGUUUUCUUCGCAAUACAACUCAAUGUCUAACGACCUCAAGCAACGCAUGCGAGCCAAUAAGAGAAGGGUGCUACCAAACUCCAAGGAGCUUGUUGUCAACUACAACAGGAGGACUCCACCGGAGGUCAUCAGUGAACACAACGAUCCACAUCGGGUUGAGUGGACGGAAAUAGGCUCUGACGCACCCGACUACAUCCUGGGUCGAGCUGCUCUACGCAUCCCGGAAAACUCGGAGCCUCGUUACAAGCUCUUCUGGCCCAUUCGUCAUGGUUGGUUCAAUGAACAGGACUACAAGACGAAGAAUACACUCUACUCGGACAUCUCAUUGAUCAUCGAGCACGCGAUUAUCUCUGAGCUUGGGCUGAAACACAAGAAAGACUGGCCCCAGUACGGAUGUGUCUGUAUCAUUCCGGAUCUCUUUGAACGCAAUUAUGUCACUCAGAUGCUUGACAUCCUUCUGCGAGGCCUUGGCUUUGGACGAGUGUGCUUUCAGCAAGAGAGUCUUUCCGCAACGUUUGGCGCUGGCUACUCGAGCUCCUGCAUUGUCGAUGUUGGGGCGCAGAAGACGUCAAUCUGCUGUGUGGAAGAAGGUAUGUGCAUUGAGGACUCUCGCGUCAACGUCAAGUAUGGCGGUACGGACGUGACCGAGACCUUCAUGCGUAUGAUGCUGCAUGACUACUUCCCGUAUUCGGACAUCAACUUGAAGCGGCGAUACGACUGGCUGCUUGCCGAGGAAUUGAAGCAGAAAUUCUGCACCAUGAACGAAGCGGAUAUCUCGGUACAGCUCUACGACUUUCAUUUGCGAGCUUUCGGAGAGGAUACGAGGAAGUACUUCUUCAAGUGCUACGAUGAGACAAUGCUAUCACCUAUGGGAUACUUCCACCCGACGAUUUUUGAUCACUCGGACAAGCUCAAGGCCCGCCGGAAACUUAUCGAUCGCUCAUACGACCUUUACGAUGGAUCGCCAAACGAUCCGCAAUCUGCAGCACAAAACAGCAUCACAGACAACAGUGUCACAGCACCACAAGUUGCUGUGGCCACCAAUGCUGUCCCAGAACCCAAGCCUUUGCCGACAAUGAUUACACAAACUCCAAGCAAGUCCAAUCCUAUUGGUUUGGCAGGGCGGCUGAACGAGCAAGAAGGAACACCACGCUCAUCGGUGGCUGGCUCCCCAGGACCCGACGGAAUCAACACCCCACAGGCUCCUCAGGACACGCCUGCUCCUGGCGCAGCUCCGGGUGAGGGAGGCAGCUUUGGCGCGACUAGCAGCAUCUUCUUUGAUCCAACGCUGGAGAAGAUCAAGCAGGCCGAAGAACGCGACAAGAUUCUUCCCGUCACAGGACUUGACACGGCGAUCAUGACGUCAAUCCAGCAUGGAGCACGCGGAGACGAUCGCAAGGCCCGUGACUUCUACGGUGGAAUUAUGGUCAUUGGUGGCGGCAGCAAGGUUGCUGGCUUCAUGCCCUUCCUUGAGGACCGACUCCGAUCACUGCUGCCCGGCCUUGGGAAGGAUAUUCUUAUCGGCGCACCGCCGAGAGAUCUGGACCCUCAGGUGUUGGUCUGGAAGGGUGGCAGCGUGUUCGGUAAGCUGAGCAGCAGCGGAAACGACAGUUGGAUCUCGCAGAAGGAGUAUGACAUGCUCGGCAGCCGUCUGUUGAUGCAGAAGUGCAUGUUCUUAUGCGCAACGACGCGCUUCACCUCGCCGACUUCUUUCCAAGUAGCACCUCCAUUCCCCUUCAACCCCGCAAAUCCAACCCUCACAUCGUGCACCAUGUCGAGCGGCGGGCGCGUCUACCACCAGGACUACAUUGCGAGGAUACGAUACUCGAAUGCGCUCCCUCCUCCACCCAAUCCACCGAAGCUCCUUGAGAUCCCCAAUACUGGCCUAGCUAGUGGCCAGUACACCUCCGCCGGAUUCGCGUCGCGCCUGGCCAGGGAACAACCACUUAAUGUCGAAGCUGAUGCGGAGCUCGGAAUGCCCAUAGACCUUGUCGGUCUGCCCGGCGUCUUUGAGGGCGAUGACUCUGUUCUUCUGGCGUCCGACGAGCCCGUAGCACUCCACCCUCAUGACAGGGCCCUCCUCAGACCGCUCUCAACCCUGGGCAAGCCUUCAUCUCUGGCCGGCGGUGUCAGCUUCCUGCGGCGAACCGAGUACAUGACGGCGGCGGGCGGCGGUGGACAUAGCGGACUGCGGGACCCGGGCAAGCGCUUGGCGCCGAAGCGGAAGAAGCAGACCGAUGCAGAGAAGAACGAGCCGAUCAACAUCCUCCGGUCGAUCCUGAAAGGCUUUGACAUCGCGUACCCGCAGGACGCAUACAAGGGACCGGACACGGUGCAGAACCUGCGGGGUGAGGAGAUUACGCCGGAGGAGCGUCGCGCGUGGGAUGCGCCGAAACACCCGCUCAACCCAAGCCUCAAGCUCGUCGACUCGUACCCAAUCCUACCGGACCUCGACGCCGUGACGGAGACGGGUGGCUACAUCGUGGCCAAGUUCCAGACGAACCCCAUCGCGAACCAGGGCCCAACGUACGACGAGCGUGUCGAUGCGGGCUUGCUGCGGGUGCUAGAGCCGACGGCAGAGCAGGAGGAGGCGUACCGGGUGAAGGUGGCGGAGCACGAGGCAGAGGGCGACCGGGCGAAGGGCCCGCCGCCGCAGCCAGACUACGACUACGAGUUCUUCCUGCCGGCAUCGCAUGAGGCUGUGCGCGGUCUGAAGCGCAAGUUCAGCACGACGGACCCGGAGCGCGAUGACGACGCGCUGUACGACGCCGAGAAGACAGAGGCCACGGGCCGCCGCUGCUUCCGCUUCGACCGCGUCCGCUGCUACGAGACUUACCAGCAGGCGGGCAACCCCCAUGAUCCCUACGAUGAUACGGUUGCAGUGGCACUGCAUGACCCCGAGACGGACGAGAGCAGGCUGGAGAAGGCCGCGUAUUACUAUCCAAUUGUGCAGCGCACGUUCAUCCGCCCGAAGAGGAAAGCGCAGAGGGGUGUUGCAGGCGUCCACCAGCAGGAUGAGGAGCAGGAGAACAGGGUGGAUGUGUUGGAGAUUGAGGUGCGCGACCCGGAUGAGAGGGAGUUGGCGGAUAGGCAGGGCUUCAGGGAGAAGCUGGAGGGCGAGGGCGAGGCAGAGGCAUAG